UGCCCGAUCACAACACAACAGAAGGCGGAAGUAAAAUGCUUUCUAUGGGGACUUCUGAUGCCAGGACUUUUUUGAAGACUUACUUUGUUGCUUGGCUGAAAGGAAGAUGAUGUCGUUAAUGAAUUCUGAGCAUCCUUCCGGAGGCUGGUGACCCUUCUAUCACUGGUGAAUGCUGUCAUGGACAACUUCAAAGGCUCUUUUACAAAACACCACAAGCAGUUGAUGCACCUUAUAAAGGACUCCUGACCUUUCGCAUCUUCCUAAGUCAUAUCUAGAUGUCACCAGUGUUUCCCAUGCUAACAGUUCUGAGCAUGUUUUACUAUAUGUGCCUUCGGCGCCGAGCUAGGACAGCGACGAGAGGAGAAAUGAACAGCCGGAGGGCUAUUGAAUCAAACACCCGAGCCUUACCUAUCAACGUUGAAAUAGUUCAGUAUGCCAAAGAAGUGUUGGAUUUCAGCUCUCACUAUGGUAGUGAAAACAGCAUGUCGUAUACCAUGUGGAAUUUAGCAGGUAUUCCAAACGUGUACCCUAGUUCUGGUGACUUUACUCAGACUGCCGUCUUUCGAACUUACGGGACCUGGUGGGAUCGUUGCCCUAGCGCUCGGCUGCCGUUCAAGAGGACGCCACCCACCUUCUGUAGCCAGGACUACGUGGAACUCGCUUUUGAGGAACCAGUUUAUCCCACUGCAGUGCACAUUCUGGAAACGUAUCAUCCUGGAGCUGUAGUCAGGAUUUUGGCAUGCUCUGCAAAUCCUUACUCACAAAAUCCACCAGCUGAAGUAAGAUGGGAAGUCCUUUGGUCCGAGGCACCUACAAAGGUGAAUGGUCCUCAGGCUCGGCAAUUCACACCUUGUAUCAAACAGAUAAACUUUCCCACAAACUUAAUCCGACUGGAAGUGAACAGCUCUCUUCUGGACUAUUACACUGAAUUGGAUGCAGUAGUGCUACAUGGUGUGAAAGAGAGACCUGUGCUUUCACUUAAGACUUCGAUGAUUGAUAUGAACGAUAUUGAUGAAGAUGAGGAUGAAGAAAAGUAUGGCUGUGGAAUGGACACCCUUAAUAAACAGUUCAGCAUUGUUACCCUCAGGGAAUGGCCAACUAACGGAUAUUUUGAUAAACUGCCUUAUGAGCUCAUCCAGUUGAUUUUGAGUCACCUUACAGUACCAGACCUGUGUAGACUAGCGCAAACUUGUAAGCUACUAUAUCAACAUUGCUGUGAUCCUCUACAGUACAUUCAUCUCAGUUUACAACCUUACUGGGCAAGGAUUAAUGACACAUCUCUGGAAUACCUACAGUCUCGCUGCACUCUCAUCCAGUGGCUGAAUUUAUCUUGGACUGGAAACAGGGGAGCCAUCUCUGUUUCUGGAUUUAGCAGGUUCUUGAAAGUUUGUGGCUCUGAACUAGUACGUCUUGAGUUGUCUUGUGGCCAUUUCCUCAAUGAAACAUGCUUGGAGGUCAUUACUGAAAUGUGUCCAAAUCUUCAGGAAUUAAAUCUCUCGUCAUGUGAUAAAAUACCACCUCAGGCUUUCAACCACAUAGCCAAAGUGGGCAGCCUAAAGCGUCUCAUUCUCUACCGAACAAAAGUGGAGCAAACAGCCCUGCUCAGUAUUCUGAACUUCUGCUCGGAGCUGCAGCAUCUCAGCCUGGGCAGCUGCGUCAUGAUUGAAGACUAUGAUCUUAUAGCAAGCAUGAUGGGAGCAAAAUGCAAAAAGCUUCGCAGUCUGGAUUUGUGGAGAUGUAAAAACAUAACUGAAAGUGGAAUAGCAGAAUUGGCUUCAGGCUGCCAGCUUUUGGAAGAACUUGAUCUUGGCUGGUGCCCUACGUUACAGAGCAGUACAGGCUGUUUCACAAACCUUGCACGUAAACUCCCGAACUUGCAAAAGCUCUUUCUUACGGCCAACAGGUCUGUGUGUGACACAGACAUUGAGGAGCUUGCUGCUAACUGUACGCAUUUACGGCAGCUGGAUAUAUUGGGGACGAGGAUGGUAAGCCCUGCAUCUUUAAGAAAAUUGCUGGAGUCUUGUAAAGAUCUUUCUUUACUCGAUGUGUCCUUCUGUUCACAGAUUGAUAAUAGAGUUGUCCUAGAACUGAAUGCCAACUUUCCUAAUGUGUUCAUAAAAAAGAGUUUCACCCAGUGACUCACUACAUAUGCUGCUGUGGAAUUUGUUUGACAGAGUUGUUUCCUGUGAAUUUGUGCUGACUUUUUUUAAGAAGAAUAUAAUCCCCUAUGAAAUAGUGGAAAGUAUUAAUUAUCUACACAAAUGGGUAAAAUACAUUUAAAUAUAUUAUGCGUUUCUUAAAGAGUUGAUAUUGUACCUAAGAAUUGGUUUACUCUGUGUUAAUUGGUGGUACUGCAUGUUUUUAAAUACCAGCCAUAUGUGUGGCUAUAAUGAGAAGAAAAUGAAUAAUGUUUUCUUAAAUGUCCCUUUAUAGGGUGUUACACACAAUAAACUAUGUUAAUAUCCAGGUGAAAGCAGAAGUUCAAUAUUUAGCAGUAAGGAAAAGGUGGGUGCUUCCUUUUUAUGUAUAUGUGUUUGUGUGUGUGUAUAGAAAUGUAUACAGAGGUAUUUGUAUAUACAUACACAGAUACUGUAGCGUUCUAGUUUGGCCUGCAGCAUAAGAUGUUAUGAUCUGGCCUAUAAUUAGUUGUUUGAAAGCCUGUUUAAGCUUGUAUAAGAAUGGAUUGAAAAGACACUUUGUCUUCUUCAUUUCUUUGGCAGUGAAUUGCAUCUGAGACAUUUUUCUCCCUUUCUCCACCUGAAAUAGAUGUAGUUAUGUUUUACAGUCCAGGCUAAGCGACACAACAGAUAGAUGCAAGAACCUUCCACCUGAACUUAGAGCAGAAAUGAAAGAGAAAAUUGCCAGCUGCUUCUUAGUAUUGGAUGUGAAGUUUGAGCCAGGUACUUAGUGUCGUAACUGGUAAUGUGUAGAAAACUCCAGAGCAAUUUCCUUUUCAAAUUUCUGUCAUGGUCAAGACUUGAUUUGUGAUACAUCUUGUUAUCAUGGAGAGUACCAUAAAAAAAUAGAACUUAGGGUAAUGAAUUAGCAACUGUCCCUUACACUGGCAUCAAAUCUCCUGUCAAGUGUAAAACCAAACAUCUUUGUUCAGUAAAACAGCAAUGAAAAUAUAGUGGGUUUGAAACAAGGGCAAUAUGAUUUGGUGAUUUAAUAAUCAGCAAACCUUAGUAUUGGAUUUGUUUUGGUUUUGGGGUUUUUUUUGUUUUUCCAAGAGGUGAUCGCUCUAAGUACUAUUGCACUCUCUCUUUAACACUGUUUAGCCUCUGGAGAAGGAAAACCGUGUCGAUGGACAAACUCUAGAAGUUUCUUCCUUUUGCACUUCCUUGGAUGAAGUUUUUUUUUUUUCCUUCCUUGAAUACCACUGCUAGAGUAUGUUGCUAUGUACAGCUUGAGUUUAGAAUUUUACCUUUUUAGCCAUUGUUGAUGAAUAUGGACCAUGAAAUAUAGCCUGUCAUUUGA